AUGGCUCCCGCUGCCACCGCAUCUGCGCCCACGGCGCCGCAUCAUCUCGCCAAGGAAGCCCCGCUUCAUAUAUUCCCUGACGGACUAAGGACGACCGGUCAGCAUGAUCCUCUCUAUGAACAAUUAGUACCCUUUGAGAAGUUCCCCAAGCAAAUCACUGGUCCUACUGUGUGGAACCCAGAAGAAUAUCGCUCCAACCCCGAGAAAUGGACACACCAGUUUACCCCGGACCAGAUCGAGGAGCUGAGCAAUGCGGCCGAUGCUUUCCUGGAGUCCAAGACCCCGCUGACUGGUAUUUCCAAGAGCAACUUCCGCGUCCCAGUCCUAGCUCCGUACCUAGAGGAACUCCGUCUCGACCUCAUCAACGGCAAAGGUUUCAUCCUGUUCAAGGGCUUCCCAGUCCAACUAUGGGGUAACCACAAAUCAGCCGUCGCAUAUAUGGGUCUGGGCACAUACCUAGGCUACUUCGUCAGCCAGAACAGUCGCGGCCAUGUACUCGGCCACGUCAAGGAUCUCGGAGAGGACUCAACACAAAUUGACAAGGUCCGCAUCUACCGGACAAACGCUCGCCAAUUCUUCCACGCCGAUGACUCCGAUAUCGUCGGCCUCCUGUGCAUAGCUAAAGCCCUGAAAGGCGGCGAAUCAGACCUCGUCUCCUCGCACAACGUCUACAACACACUAGCCGCCGAGCGCCCCGACGUCUUGAAAACCCUUACUGAACCAAUCUGGUAUUUCGACCGAAAGGGCGAAACAAGCAAGGGCGAGAAAGAGUUCAUCCGUACCAGCGUCGUCUACCUCGAACGAGGCGACAAUGGUCGCGUAUACACCAAGUGGGACCCAUACUACGUCCGCUCAUUGACCCGCUUCUCGGAUGCUGGCAUAAUCCCCCCACUCAGCGAAGCCCAGCUUGAAGCCAUCCAGGUCCUGGAAGAUACCUGUGUCCGACUCUCUCUACACAUGAUCUUAGAUAUUGGCGAUAUCCAGUUCCUUGCGAAUUCGCAUAUCUUGCACGCGCGGACUGAAUAUACAGAUCAUGCUCCUCCUGCGCCGAGAAGACAUCUUAUGCGGUUGUGGCUUGCGACGCCCGAGAGUGAGGGUGGGUGGAAGUUGCCUUUCUGGGAUUCCAAUGAGAAGAAGAGAGGUGGAAUUCAGGUUGAUGAUCAGGCACCUGUUGCGCCACUUGAUGCGGAGUGA